AUGGCGCAGAAGUCGGCUAUUGUCUCCGUCUACAACAAGAACGGUCUACUCGAUCUCGCUAAGGGCCUGGCAGAGCAUGAUGUCCGUAUUUUGGCUUCUGGGGGCACAGCAAAGAUGAUCAGAGAAGCUGGCAUUCCUGUCGAAGAUGUGUCUGCCAUUACCAAUGCUCCUGAAAUGCUCGGCGGCCGGGUGAAGACCCUGCACCCCGCCGUUCACGGUGGUAUCCUUGCCCGAAAUAUAGAGUCUGAUGACAAAGAUCUUGCCGACCAGAAGAUCAACAAAGUCGAUUUUGUGAUUUGCAAUUUGUACCCUUUCAAGGAUACUGUAUGUAAAGAAGGGGUGACUGUUGCCCAGGCCGUGGAAGAAAUUGAUAUAGGUGGGGUGACAUUACUUCGAGCCGCUGCGAAGAACCAUUCUCGAGUCACUGUCCUCAGCGACCCAAAAGACUACCCCGAGUUCCUUGGGGAACUGAAACAAGGAGAUAUCUCAGAGAAAAACCGUCAAUUGUAUGCGCUAAAGGCAUUUGAACAUACUGCUGAUUAUGACGAAGCAAUUUCUGGGUAUUUUAGGAAACAGUAUGCGAGUGAUGGUGUACAGCACCUUGCCCUCAGAUACGGUGCAAACCCGCACCAAAAGCCCGCCGCCGCUUUUAUGGGCCAAGGACGUCUACCGUUCAGAGUACUGAAUGGGGCACCAGGCUAUAUUAAUUUGUUAGAUUCAUUAAAUGCUUGGCCUCUGGUGAGGGAGUUGAAGCAAGCAUUGGGUUAUCCUGCUGCUGCGAGCUUCAAGCAUGUUUCCCCCGCUGGUGCAGCCAUCGGAAUUCCACUGAACGACAAGGAAAAAAAGGUCUACAUGGUGGAUGAUAUUGACGGAAUAGAUGAAUCUGCGUUGGCGCAGGCUUACGCUCGUGCACGAGGCGCCGAUCGCAUGUCUAGCUUUGGUGAUGUGAUUGCUUUGUCAGAUGUUGUUGAUGUGCCCACUGCGAAAAUCAUCUCUCGCGAGGUUUCCGACGGUGUGAUUGCCCCAGGCUACCACCCGGAGGCGCUUGUCAUCCUAACGAAGAAAAAAGGGGGUAAAUAUCUCGUCCUUGAGAUGGACGAUACCUACGUGCCUUCGAGCGAUGAAGUUAGAACAGUCUAUGGUGUUCAGCUCCAGCAGCACCGUAAUGACGUCAUUAUUGCACCACAGUCCACAUUCAAUACCAUCAUCACGCCAAAUAAUCUCAACAGCCUGCCAGAAUCUGCGCUUCGUGAUUUGACAGUCGCCACAAUUGCCCUGAAGCACACCCAAUCGAAUUCUGUUUGUUAUGCUGUAAACGGCCAGGUUAUCGGACUAGGGGCUGGGCAGCAGAGCAGAAUUCACUGCACUCGGCUUGCUGGAGACAAAGCAGAUAACUGGUGGAUGCGAUUCCAUGACCGAGCACUAAAUAUUAAAUGGAAAAAAGGCGUCAAGCGACCCGAGAAGAGCAAUGCUAUUGAUAUGUUAUGUUCUAGUCAAAUUCCCAAGACCGAUGUGGAGAAACAGGAUUAUGAACGGGUUUUUGAACAGGUUCCUGUAGCGUUUACAACGGAAGAAAGAGAAGAGUGGGCGAAGAAGCUGAGUGGAGUUGCAGUCUCCUCAGAUGCAUUCUUCCCGUUCGUUGAUAAUGUCUUCCGUGCCUCCCGCUCUGGAGUUAAAUAUAUCGCAGCGCCGAGUGGAAGCCAAAAUGAUUCCGCUGUUUUUGACGCUGCAGCGAAGCUGGAUAUUGUCUUUGUGCAGCAGGGUACUCGUCUGUUCCACCAUUAA